AUUAAAAAAAAUAUAAAACCUUAAUCGAUAUUCCCAGUCUUAGUUUGUUUCAGUCUUUCUUCGUCUCCUGCACGCCGCUCUUCGUCAUCUCCAAUUUAGGGAUUAACAGGAAGUUGAAUCGAAAUCUGAAUAUAAAUUUUAGGCUAAUUAAAUUGAUGCUCGUUGCAAAUUGAAGACAAAUUUCUUGGACAGAAUGGGAUUUGAUAAUGAGUGCAUACUGAAUAUCCAAUCUCUGGCCGGAGAAUACUUCUGUCCUGUUUGUCGCUUACUUGUCUACCCAAAUGAAGCAUUACAAUCGCAAUGCACCCAUCUUUACUGCAAACCAUGUUUAACAUAUGUUGUCAGCACCACUCGAGCUUGUCCUUAUGAUGGUUACUUGGUAACAGAAGCGGAUUCUAAGCCGCUUGUUGAAUCAAAUAAGGCACUUGCUGACACCAUUGGGAAGAUCAGUGUUCAUUGCCUCUACCAUAGGAGUGGCUGCACAUGGCAGGGUCCGCUUUCUGAAUGUACAGCUCAUUGUUCUGGGUGUGUAUUUGGCAAUUCUCCCGUUGUAUGUAAUCGGUGUGGUGUUCAGAUUGUGCAUCGUCAAGUUCAAGAACAUGCGCAAAAUUGCCCUAGGGUGCAGCCUCAGGCACAGCAGGCUGAGGGCGGUCAGGAAAUUUCAGCCUCUGGCACCACAGCAGCUGCUGAUCAGACUCAGGUAGCUUCUCAGGCCCAGGCAUCUCAAGCUACAACAUCCAGUACACCUGUUCAGGGCCUCAAUCCUCAGGCCAAUCCAAAUCCUCAGUCUCAAGCUGCCUCCCAGGUUGCUGUGGUUUCUUCAGAACAGUGGUCUCAACAACAGUCUCAGCAAUACUACCAGCAGUAUUCUGGAUAUGACCCAUAUUAUCAACAAUACUACCCAUAUCAACAGCAGACAUUUCCACAGCAGCAACCUUUGCAGGUUAAUGCAUCACAAAUGGCUGGACAUAAUCCAAUAUACCCCCAGACACAACCCCAACCCCAACCCCAACCUCAACUACAGGCCCAGACUCAUUCACACUUAUCUGUUCAGGUGCCUGUGGCUGCUCAACCUCAGAACCAAGCACAAGCCAAUCAACAGAAGCAAACUCACCAUACGAUGCCACCACACUCUCAAAUUCCAGCACAAACUUACCCAACAACCCAGGGCCAUUCCCAGCCUCAGGUUCAGCCACUUACUCAAGCUCAGCCUCAUCCACAGGUCCAAACUAUUCAACCUCAACUGCAACAUGGGCUCAUGCCUCAGUAUCAGCAACAUCAUUCCCAGAUUCAACUACCACAGCCCCAGCUUCAUCCUGUUCCUCAAGCUCAACCUCAUUCACAAGCUCAGCCACAGGCGCAGCAGCUGCAGCCUCUGCCCCCUCCCCCGCCCCAGCCCCUGCUGCAACCACAUCCUCAACCAAGCCAGCCCUUGAAUCCAAAUUUGUUGCCUCAGACACAGCACCCUGCAGCCCAGGCUGUGACAGGUCAUCAGUCUUAUUCACAAUCACAGCCUCACCAGCAAAUGCAGCUGGUAACACCACAAAAUCCCAUGCACAUGCCUGCACAAGGUGGCCUUCAUCCACAGCAACAUCCUGCUGAAAUGCAGAAUUCAUACCCUCAGCAACCUCCUCAGAUGCGCCCGCCCCAAUCUCAUUCUCAAAUUCCAAACCAACAACAGCCUGGUUUGUUGCCUUUACCUGGUCCUAUGCUGCAACAAGCUCAUCAUCAUUCUCUUCAACAUCCGCUUUCAGUUCAAACACAAUCAGUUAUGCAGCCUCCCACAUCACUUCUGUCUCAGCAAUAUAUGCAGCAGCAACAGUCAUUGCAACCUCCGUCAACCCAACCGAUGGGCUUGGUUCAGCCUCAAAUGCAUCAGCAAGGCCCUUUUGUGCAGCAACAACAGUCAUUGCAAUCUCAAAUACGCCCCCCAGGUCCCCCUCAGUCCUUUCUGCAGCCUCCUCAUGCCUAUCCACAACCGCAGCAAAAUGUUGCAGGAUCGCAUGCUGUGCAGCCCUAUCCAACGCCUACUCUUACUGGGAGACCUAUGACACCAAAUCAUGGACUACAAUCACAGCCGUAUCCACAGUCUGCACCUGGUAUGCUGGUUAAACCUAUGCAGCUUGGUGUGAACCAGCCAUCUUCUUAUCAGAAUAAUGUGCUUAGAACCAACAAUCAAUCUGGAUUAAAUUCACAACCAAUAUCAGAGGUGCCGGGAGAUCAUGGUACUUUACAUGUGGCUGAGCAAAAAGCAGAUUUAUCUUCCCAGGGAUUUGCUAAGAAGGAAGAUAAUGAGUUGGAUGUGGCAUCUAGUCUUGGAAGUGACGUGGUCAAGACUAAUUCUUCAAAAUCCAAUAGUGAUAUGAAAUCUAUAGAUGAAAAACCUGCUGGUGAUGUCGGGGAUAACAGUAGUGGGUUUGAUAUAUCUACUAAGUUGACACAAGAAUCUAGACGGACAGAUCUUGUAUUGAAUAGAGAUACUUUUUCUAAGAAUAUGGUCAAGGGUGAGGCUAUUGAGGACCAGAAAGAUGUUGACAAUGUUGAGCGAAAGGUCGAAGAAAAUAAAUUUAAGGAUGGCCCUUUGCUGAAAACUCCCACGUUGCAGGAGGCUAAGCUUGGUGAAGAACAGAAUGGGAAGAUGCAGAGAGAAAGAAUUCAACCUCAAGAUCAAGGUACUGCUAAAGGUCCUACUGGAAAUGAAUUUACAGGUAUCCCUCCAUCUAGUCAGGUGCAGCCUGGCAGCUUUCCGCAGCAGCCCCUACAGAUGCCUUAUGGGUCUAAUAGUAACCAACAAAAAUCUGCUGCUUCUGCAAUGUUACAAGCACCUCCACCAGGACUUCCUCCCAAUCAAGUUAGGCCUCAGGGCCCUGGACAGACAUUAGUUCCACCUGAAAAUUUUGCUCCUUCCUUUGGCAGAGGACCUAGUUAUGGCCCUCAAGGGCCUUAUAAUCAAGGUCCUGUUUCUGGUGCUCCUAGGAUACCUCAAGGUGAAACUCUUCUACAUCCACCAUUUGGUCCCCCAUCUCUUAAUGCUUUUGACUCGCAUGGUGCACCAUCAUAUGGCCCUGAGGGUCAUUUGGUUCAGCAGCGUCCUGCAAACAUGUUGAAUUUUGAUCAGGGACAAUUUGACGAAGAUCUUAAACAAUUUUCUAGGCCUUCUCAUUUAGAUACUGAGCCUGUUCCUAAAUAUGGGAGCUACUUUUCAUCAACCAGAUCUAUUGAUAGAGGUCCUCAUGGUUUUGCUAAGGAUGCAGGACCUUGGGCUCAUGACAAGGAACCUCGCGGUCUGAAUUUUGAUCCCAUGAUUGGCUCUGGUCCUUCUCGAUUCUUGCCACCAUAUCAUCCUGAUGAUGCAGGAGAAAGACCAGUUGGUCUUCCUGAAGAUACUCUAGGCAGACCAGAUUUUCUUGGAACAGUUACUGGCUAUGGUCGGCAUCGUAUGGAUGGUUUUAUCUCUAGAAGUCCAGGAAGAGAAUACUCAGGUAUUUCCUCACACAGAUUUGGAGGAUAUCCUGGUGAUGAGAUAGAUGGCAGGGAGCGCCGGUUCAAUGAUAGAUUUUCAGGUUUUCCUGGGCAUAUACAUAGGGGUGGGUUCGAGAGUUCUGACCACAUGGCAGAGCAUUUUGGUCCAGAUAUUCGACCUCCACACUUUAGAAGGGGUGAACAUUUUGGUCGUAAUAACAUGCCUGGUCAGUUGCGGAUGGAAGGACCUAUUGGCUUUGGUGAUUUUUCUAGCCAUGAACAAAUGGGGGAAUUUGAUGGGCCUGGAAACUUCCGUCAACCACGACUUGGAGAGCCAGGAUUUAGAAGCAGCUAUUCUCUUCGAGAAUUUCCUAUUGAUGGUGGAAUCUAUACAGGUGAUAUGGAUUCAUUUGAAAAUUUGAGAAAGAGAAAACCAGUGAGCAUGGGUUGGUGCCGUAUUUGUAAAGUGGACUGUGAAACAGUUGAAGGCUUGGACCUGCACUCACAAACAAGGGAGCACCAGAAGAUGGCUAUGGAUAUGGUUGCGAUCAUCAAACAAAAUGCGAAGAAACAGAAACAAACCUCCAGUGAUCACUCCCUACGCAAUGAUUCAAACAAGUCAAGGAAUGCAAAAUUUGAAAGCCGCUCAAAUAAGAUUAAGUCUUGAUAUAUGCUGUCCCAUAGAUUGUGGUUGUUCCCUUGCUGGCUUGGGAUUGAGUUUGUCGGUUUGGUAUUUGGCACUUAGUGAUGUAGGUCAGUCACCCUUGCCUCUUUUCUACUUCUGGGUGGUUUAUGCUGGUCCUGUCAUUUCAGGUUGCUGCCAUGUUAAUGGAGAUGGUUUUUGGAACUGAAGUUCAGUGGCAGUUAAGUUUGUUGGUUUUUUUUUUUUUUUUAUAAUUUUCUAAUAUGAUAUCUUUUGCUUUUAGAACUUUCAGUAUUUUGUGGCGACUGCAGCAUUAUCUAGUUAAAAAUAUUUUUGCUAUAUCAGGAUGUUCUAAACUAGUGCUUCUUUUGUUGAGAUGGUAUAUUUUAGUAUGUAUGUAUCUAUAUUGUGUUUUCUUAUCCAUAGGUUUAUUAGGUUGAACCAACGUAGAUCCAAUGUGUGCACUUUUGCUUUUAUUCUUUAAUCAAGUGCUGGCUCAAGCUUUCUUUUUU